AUCAUCAUCAUCUCCCGCAUUCCCAAUUGCCCCGCAAAAAAAGAAAAUACCCAACACCGUCACCAUGGCCGACAGAGUCCGCUCAGCUACGCUUAACCGCGACACCAACGAGACCAAGAUCCAGCUCAGCCUGAACCUGGACGGCGGCCCAUUGGAGUCAGCCGACGGCAACGGCGAGGAAAAGAGCCAUGCGGCCCAGGCCACCAAGAGCCAGCACAUCGACGUCGACUCGGGCAUUGGCUUCCUGGACCACAUGCUGCACGCGCUGGCGAAGCACUCGGGGUGGAGCCUGAAGCUGCGAUGCCGCGGCGACCUGCACAUCGACGACCACCACACGGCCGAGGACACGUGCAUCGCGCUGGGCCAGGCAUUCAAGCAAGCCCUCGGCGGCACGACCGGCCUCGCCCGCUUCGGCAGCGCCUACUGCCCGCUGGACGAGGCGCUGUCGCGCGCCGUCAUCGACCUGUCCAACCGGCCCUACAGCGUCAUCAACCUGGGCCUGCGCCGCGAGAAGAUCGGCGACCUCAGCACCGAGAUGCUGCCGCAUUGCUUGCAGUCGUUUGCGCAGGGCGCUGGCGUCACUCUGCACGUCGACUGCUUGCGCGGCGAUAACGAUCACCACCGCGCUGAGUCUGCGUUUAAGGCCCUGGCCGUCGCGAUUCGCCAGGCUACGAGCAGGGUUGCUGGUAGGGAGGGCGAGGAGCCUAGCACCAAGGGCGUGUUGUAUUAGGUGCUCGGGGUGGGGAUGCAUACGGCAUGGGUUGGGCGUUUUAGAGGGUAAAUGAUGAGGCUAUUGUCUAUCUGCGGGCUUUUUACUACUUGCAUACCUGGUCGCAGAAAACUGAAAUACUAGCACAGCCAGAUCUAUAUAUAUAACAGGGAACGUCCUCAAAGAUCACACGGGAGAUUCAUAAGCUGCUUACUUUGAAUCAUAAACAGAACAAAC